AUGAGAUUGGGAAGCAUCGUUGUAUUCGUCGCUCUCUGCUCUUUGACCGCUUAUUAUAUUUAUGAACCCAUUCCAGAGGAGAUCGAGGAGCGAUGGAAACUCAUGCUGACCAAUUCUUUCUUCAGAACCCUCAGUCACCUGGCGGACCUCAGUGAAUUAGUGGGCCUGAAGGACUACAUGGACGUAAUGUAUGCCGUUACUCUGAUAGAAAGGAUUGUACCUGUGUCUGAUGAACGUGUGCAGGUGACAGAAGAAAGGUUUGAUGGAGUGGAGGCGGUGGUGUACCAGCCAAAGCUCCGAGGCGGCGACGCCGAUCUCAGGAGAGCUGUCAUUUACCUGCACGGUGGAGGAUGGUGUCUGGGGAGUUCCCGGAUGAGUCCAUACGAUCUCCUGGCAAGACAAAUAGUCACUGAGCUGAACGCAGUAGUUCUGUCUGUAGAGUACCGCCUGGCCCCCGCUCACCAUUUCCCCGUCCCGUAUGAAGAUGUUUACCGUGUGGUCAAACAUUUUCUCCAGAAGUGGGUGCUGGCCCAGUACUCAGUGGACCCGGAGCGUGUUGCUGUGUCGGGGGACAGUGCUGGAGGGAACCUUGCAGCUGCUGUCUCGCAGCAGUUGCAAAAUGAGCCUGCUCAGCAGAUUAAGUUAAAGGCUCAGGCGCUCAUCUAUCCCGUCCUGCAGGCGCUGGACCUCAACACGCCAUCAUACCAGCAGAAUCAAGACAUGCCCAUCCUGCCACGCACCCUCAUGGUUCGAUUCUGGAGCGAGUAUUUCACCAGAGACAAAGCCCUGUUCAGAGCCAUGAUGGCAAACACCCACAACAGCCCUGAGUCUUCCAGGCUGUUCAAGUUCAUCAACUGGAGCGCCCUUUUACCAGAAGCAUACCAAAAGGACUACAACUACAGUGCUCCUUCAGUGGCGCAAGGGAUUGGAGGGGAGGCAGCUGGGAUGGAUGGACCUUUUAGGUCUCUCGCUGACCCGAGGGCAUCCCCGCUUUUAGUUCCUGAUGCAGAUUUAUUCCCUCUACCCAAGGCCUACGUUCUGACAUGCGAGUACGAUGUUCUUAGGGAUGACGGGAUCAUGUACGUCACACGGCUCCGCGCUGCCGGAGUCCAAGUGACCCAUGAACAUUACGACACGGGGUUUCACGGAGCCGUGAUGUUCACCGUGUGGCCAACUGACUUUCUGAUUGCUCGUCGCAUGACAGACAACUAUAUUAAAUGGCUCAGAGAAAACUUGUAA